AUGCCUCGAGAAUCGAAAGUUAAAAAAUUUCUUCGAAGUGAUGGACUCAAUUCCGAAAGGGCCACCAUCGAAUUCCUAAGCAAUCACGUGAAAUAUCUCGAACGUAAAGCUAGAAAAAAAUUUAAAGAUUCUAAACUCGAAAAAGAC